AUGCCGCGGAAGAGCGCUGCGAAGAAGGAGGAGCCAUCCUCGGAUGAGGCGUCAGCGCAUUCCGAUGUCGAGAUGCAGGACCAGCCGGACGACACAAUGAACGGCUUCAAGAAGUUUGGCACGCAGUACAAUGUGGAUACCCCAGACUACACAGACUCGGAUACCAACCCCAACACCACAGCAAACAGCGUCGCAGGUGACGCGCCAGUCGACGGACGAAGAAAACGUGCCGAAGAGAUGAACAUGCGGAAAAGCAUGUACGGCAAGAAGGCGGAGGGUCUGAGGGCGUCAAAGGAAGAUGACACCAUCCGCCGCUUUCGAUACCUGCUCGGUCUGACGGACCUGUUCCGCCACUUCAUCGACACGAACCCCAACCCGCGCAUCAAGGAGAUUCUCGCCGAGAUCGACCGCCAGGAUGCCGAAGAGACCAAGAAAUCAAAGGCCAGCAAGGUGCGGAAAGGAGGUGCCGCUGCGGAGCGUCGCCGGAAGACCGAGCAGGAGGAGGACGCGGAGCUGGUGCGCGAGGAGAAACAUGGCGGACACAACGAGACGGUCUUUAGGGAAUCACCGGGCUUCAUCAAAGGCGGCACCAUGCGCGACUACCAAGUUGCUGGUCUCAACUGGCUUAUCUCACUCCAUGAGAACGGUAUCUCUGGGAUCCUCGCCGACGAGAUGGGUCUCGGAAAGACGCUGCAGACCAUCUCCUUCAUCGGCUACCUCCGCUACAUUGCCGGCAUUCACGGUCCCCACCUGGUCGCAGUGCCCAAGUCGACACUCGACAACUGGAAGCGCGAGUUCGCCAAGUGGUGCCCCGACGUCAACGUCCUGGUCCUCCAGGGUAACAAGGACGACCGUGCCGACCUCAUCAAGGAGCGCCUGGUGCCCGAUGGCUUCGAUGUCUGCAUCACCUCCUACGAGAUGAUUCUACGCGAGAAGUCGCAUCUGAAGAAGUUCGCGUGGGAGUACAUCAUCAUUGACGAAGCCCACCGCAUCAAGAACGAGGAAUCGUCGCUUGCCCAGAUGGUCCGCGUCUUCAAUUCCCGAAGCCGUCUGCUAAUCACAGGUACCCCUCUCCAAAACAACCUCCACGAGCUCUGGGCCCUGCUCAACUUCCUCCUCCCCGACGUCUUCGGAGACUCCGCCGCGUUCGACGACUGGUUCACAUCCCAGAACGCCGACUCGGACGCCGUCGUCCAACAACUCCACAAGGUCCUCCGACCCUUCUUGCUGCGACGUGUCAAGGCCGAUGUCGAAAAGUCGCUACUGCCGAAGAAGGAGAUCAACCUGUACGUGGGCAUGUCCGACAUGCAGGUUCAGUGGUACAAGAAGAUUCUCGAAAAGGACAUCGACGCGGUUAAUGGCGGUGCCGGCAACAAGGAGUCUAAGACCCGUCUGCUCAACAUCGUCAUGCAGCUGCGCAAGUGCUGCAACCAUCCAUACCUUUUCGAAGGCGCCGAGCCUGGUCCGCCAUACACUACCGAUGAACAUCUCGUCACCAACGCUGCGAAGAUGGUCAUGCUGGACAAGCUGCUGAAACGUAUGAAGGCUCAGGGCAGUCGGGUGCUCAUCUUCUCGCAGAUGAGUCGUGUGCUAGACAUCAUGGAGGACUACUCAGUCAUGCGCGAUUACAAGUACUGCCGUAUCGACGGUUCGACCGCCCACGAGGACCGUAUCCAGGCUAUCGACGACUACAAUAAGGAGGGGUCGGAGAAGUUCCUGUUCCUCCUGACUACCCGUGCUGGUGGACUUGGUAUCAACUUGACGUCUGCUGAUAUCGUCGUCCUCUUCGACAGUGACUGGAACCCGCAGGCCGAUCUGCAAGCCAUGGACCGUGCCCAUCGUAUUGGCCAGACCAAGCAGGUCUACGUUUUCCGAUUCGUCACCGAGAUGGCCAUUGAAGAGAAGGUGCUCGAACGUGCGGCCCAGAAGCUGCGUCUCGACCAGCUAGUCAUUCAGCAAGGCCGCUCGCAACAACCCGUCAAGAACGCCGCAUCCAAGGACGAGCUCCUGACCAUGAUCCAGCACGGCGCCGAGAAGGUGUUUGCAAGCAAGGGCCCCGUCGGUCCAGCAGCUGAUGGCGAGCUUGCUGAUGACGACUUCGAGGCUGUCAUGCGUCGUGGUGAAGAGAUGACGGAGAAGCUCAACAAGAGGUACGAGACGCUCGGUCUUGACGAUCUCCAGAAGUUCACUUCCGACUCAACCUACGAGUGGAAUGGCGAGACCUUCCAACCACGAAAGAAGGAAAUCGGCAUCUCCUGGAUCAACCCCUCGAAGCGUGAGCGCAAGGAACAAAACUACGGCAUUGAUUCGUACUACCGCAAGACGCUGGUCACUGGUGGACGAACAGAGAACAAGCAACCCAGAAUACCCCGCGCGCCCAAGCAGAUUACCAUCCACGACUACCAGUUCUUCCCCAAGCGACUCUCCGAACUCCAAGACAAGGAGACUGCAUGGUACCGCAAGGAGAACAACCUCAAAGCCCCUCUCCCAGAAGGUCCGGACGAGGAUCUCGAGGCCCGUGAGGCCGAUCAACAACUUGCGCAGCAGGAGAUUGAUGAUGCGGAACCACUGACAGAAGAGGAGAAGGCUGAGAAAGAACGCCUGAUCGAAGAGGGCUUCCCUGAAUGGAACAAGCGUGACUUCCAGCAGUUCCUCAACGGUAGUGCUAAAUACGGUCGUCAGAACUACGAGGGCAUCUCGGAGGAGGUCGACGGCAAAGACGCCGACGAGAUCAAAGCUUACGCCAAGGUCUUUUGGAAGAAGUACAAGUCGCUGGACAACUGGCAAAAGCACCUGGGUGUCAUCGAAGAGGGCGAGCUCCGUGUGCGACAGUCGGAAGAAAAGAAGCGCCUCAUCGCCAAGAAGAUUGGCAUGUACCGCAUGCCCCUCCAGCAGAUGCAGAUCAAGUACACCGUCUCCACCACCAACAAGAAGGUGUACACCGAGGAGGAAGACAAGUUCCUGGUCGUCAUGCUGCACAAGCACGGCGUCGAAGGCGAGUACAUCUACGAGAAGAUCCGCGACGAGAUCCGCGAAUCGCCCCUCUUCCGCUUCGACUGGUUCUUCCUCUCGCGUACACCGCAGGAGAUUGGCCGUCGCUGCACCACGCUCAUCUCAGCUAUCGUGCGCGAGCUCGGCGAGGGCGAUCUCAAGAACAAGAAUGGCAAGCGCGGGUAUGAGGAAGAGGAGACGGAGGAGGAGGAAGAGGAGCAGCCGAAGAAGAAGUCUAAGAAUGGUGUCAAGAACAAGCAGCUCGACACUGUCAAGGGCAAGGCCGGAUCGGCAUCGGCGACACCAUCUCGUGCAAGCAGCGUUGCGACAAAUGGCUCGGCGACUAAGGGUUCGGCGACCAAGGGCAAGGGCAAGGGCAAGGGCAAGAAGAAGUAG